GUUAAACAUACAUUGCAAAGCAAAGUUGAAGGUAAGUAUCUGAGUUGCUCAUCGUGAAGACUUCUCUGUGACAGAAUCGACUGCUGUCUUUAGCUCAUGCAUCAGUGUAAACAUCACAGGAAGUUUGAGGGAGGCAGUGCUACAUUUUCAACGCCAUGCCGCCAAAGAAAAAAGGGAAAGCAAACAGCAAAAAGGAAAAGCCUAAAAAGAGUACACCGGAACAAGAUGAUGGACUUACAGAAAAGUACAGGAGGAGUGUCCUAGAUGUGGCUGUUUUAAAAGAGCAUCUUGCUCUGAGGUCCAGUGUUGCACGUCAGGCCACUGCAGCCAGAGAUGACCUGAAAAGUCAAGUAAGAGAUUUGGAGCAACUUCUUACUCAAGAGAGAUCAGACAUGAAGGACAUCAUUGCAGAUCUUAAUCGUCAAUAUAACUCAAUGGAAACGGAUCUGCAGACUAAAGUAGACAGGCUAGAAGUGUGUGUGGACUUCCUUCAGACACAACUGGCCGAGUGUCAGGUUCAGUUAAAAUCCGAGCGAGAGCAACGAGAGCAGAGGGAAGCGGAGAAAGAGGCCAUCAUUUCUGACCUCCAGUGCAAGCUGGACAGCAUGGAGAGAGAGUGCGAGAAGAUCAUGCACGGUUGUCUGGAUAGUUUGCUUUCUCAGCUGGCUGAGACUCGGUUGCAUUGGGAGGAGCAGAGUACAGUCAUUCAUCAGGAGGUCAAGGACACGCUCGUUGACUUCGGGAUAAAUCCACUUUACAUAUGAGGACAUCUGAGGAUACUUGUCUUGAGCCUGGGUUGGGAGCAGAACUCAUUGACAUCAAAUCAGUAUAAAGGCAUGUCAAGAUGCACCAAUAUAGACCUGAUGGGAACAUUUGUAUUUGUUUGAAAAAGUGCCAUUUUAAUUAGUUUGCUUCUUCGUUACAUUUUGCACUAACUAAAAUGUAUUCUUCUUAUGGAUGGUUUAUAGAGUAGUCUAUCUCAGAUUUAAAUUUCACUCCAAUGCAUGUUGUAUAUUUAUAUAAUUGUGUAUGUGACAAAUAAUCUUAAAUCUUUGAACGCUGUCAAACUGAGUUCCCAUUGUUCAAAAAUGAAGGAUGAAGCCACAUGAUAUCACCUUUUCUAGUUAAAUUAUUCCAUUGAGAAGAACAAUUAAUUCCUGCUAUUCUUACAGAAUUUCUGAAAGCAGUCAAAUCUGUUGGCAAUAAUGAAACAUUGUGGUUUCUGAUAAAACCCAGUAUUCAUCACAUGGGAACAUAACAACCUUUUUAUGUCAAAUUAAUAACCUUUUAUUGUGUUAUCAUUGAUCUUUUUAUAGCAUUUUGUAGUACAUUGUCUGCAGAGAUUUGAUUGAGCCUUUACAUUACUAAUGAUCCUACUCCACUCAAAAGUGCAGCUCUCUCUGUGACCAGCAGAUGUCUCUGUUGGUUUAUUUUUCUUGUUUGUUCUUCCAUUGGUCAUUACUAUUUUAUUAAACAUAAUGAAACUCAAAUGCUUCAAAUAAAAUAACUGAAAAACUUUA